GUUAUUUUUUAAUUGACUGCCCAUAACCUAUAAUCUGUUCAUGUUUGAAUAUGUGUUUUUAAGUUUCAAUUGUAGGUACGGUAUUCAUUGUUUUCAGAAUACAAAAUCUAUUGAAUGGAUAAUCCAGUGUCAAGCUUAUUUCAAGAUGGGGAUUUGAAACUCAGUAAUUCCAGAUGCAAUGAGGAAGAGGAGGAUUUGGAAGAUCAACACCGGAGAAAUGAAGAACUUCAAAAUCUAUUAAUGGCUAAGUUGGACGACUUCAACUAUGAUGAGAGUACUAUAAAUUCAUCAAAUAACGUUUCUGCUGUGUCUUUAGAUGAUCAGAAUAAAUAUCGAAAUGCAGAUCAGUAUGAACAGUUGAAAGUUCUAUAUGAUGUGAGGCUCAAGGAGUUGAGUGCCUUGAGGAACGAGUAUGAUACUUUCAAAAAAGAAGAGCUCAGAGAAAAAGAAUUAUUGAAAAGAAAAAUUAUCACUUAUGAAGCUGAGAUUCAACAAACCAAAGUUUUGCUUAAGAAUACUAAUGAAUUGCUGGUUGAGAAAUCAAGUAUCAUCAAUGAACUUAGAGUUACUUCAGACAGCCACAGAGAACAGUUAAGAAACUAUGAAGAGGCCAUUGAAAAUUAUCGGCUUGAGAUUAGCACUUAUCAGUCUACUAUCAAUGAUUUACAACUCCAAAUUCAAAGAGAUAUCAACCCAUUUCACCUAGAAGAUAAAAGAUUCAACUCUACGGAAUUGCAGAAAUCCUAUCAGGACAAAAUUGAUAGACUGGAAUCUCUUUUAGAGGAACAAACUAAAGCAGCAAAAAUACAUGAAAAGGAAAAAUUACUGGCCAACUCUGAAAUACAAAAUCUGUUGAAGCAAGAGAUUGAUUAUAAAAAUACCAUUGAUGCUUUGACAAAAAAUUUCGACAGUGCUCAGAAACAAUGUGAAGAUCUUAUUAACGUUAUCGAUUUGUUAACAAAGGAAAAUAGACAGCUACAAGAUAGAGUUGAUGCAGUGUAUAAGAAAAAUUCACUUGAUCAAAGCAUUAAUAUAUGUCAUGAAAAUAAUUCCCUAGGAGACAACGUUGAAAAACUUAAAAAAAUGCUAUUGGAUAAGUCUAUACAUAUUGAUUCUCUAAAUUCAAAACUCAGAUAAUAAAGACCACACAAAAAGUUUGCUUGUAAUGCAAACUGAUCUCCAGAACUAUAGAAGAACAAUAGAAGACAAAAAUCAACAAAUUUUGACAUUGAAUUCUACAAAUCGGAACUUGUUGGAGAAAAUGGAAGAAAUGUUAUCUCAAACUCGUAAUGACAUUGAGAAAUUUUCUCACAAAUAUAAUUUACCGCAACUGGAAAAAAUGACUGAAGAUUUAAAAGAAGCAGAGAAAAAAAUUAAAGAACUCGAAGAAAAGUUGAAUCGGUCUGAAGAAAGGCGACUGUCACUUGUUCAGAAAAUCCAGAAGUCCGAAAAAAAUGCUGAAAAAGAUAUAAGAACAGAACUUGAUCUUCUGAAAUUGAAAAGUGAUAAAGAAAGAAAUGAUUUCGACAAUCACUUGAAAAAGCUUCAAAAAGAUUUGGAUGAUUCCGCAUCCGAAAUAGACAGUUUGAAGCAGUACAUCGAUAAAUUGUUAAAUGAGAACUCGAGACUGAUUAGUCAACACAAAGAACAUGACGAAAACAUGAAAGCUGAAAAACAUGAUUUACAAAAUAAAUUAAAAAUGUUGGAAGAAACUGUUGAAGAACUAACUAAUUUCAAAACACUCAGUGAUGGAGAAAAAUGCACUUACCAGUCUCAAGUUACUAACUAUAAAAAUCGAUUAGAGGACACUGAAAAAAUUCUGGAAAGUGUAAAGAUAGAACUUCAAGAAAUAACAGCAACAUUGAAGGAUAAAGAAAAGCUCAUUGAAGACUUACGUCAUUCUUUGAAAAACUCUGAGACCGAAAUAUUUGAACUAAAGGGCCAACUUUCAUCCAAAGAUGCUGCUCUGAAGCUAGCUGCAGAUACCAAAAAUGAAUUGUUACAACUUCUUGAACACACAAACUUGGAACUUGAAACUGCAAAAAAGAAUAUUUUCAAUUUGCAAAACCAAGAAGCUGAUGUAACUGAAAAAAAUGUGAGAAGAAAUCUCGAGAGGGAACUCCAAGAAAUAGACCAACAAAGAAGUUUGAAUGUUGAAGAUAAUCAGGCUGUAGAUAUUUUGACAAUAGAGAUCAGACUUAGAGAAGAAAUUCAGGAAGAAUAUUUUAAGAAGCUUAAAGAGAUUGAAAAAAAGUACAAGAAGAUGUGCACUUCAAGUAAUGAAUUAUACAAAGAACAAGCCGAGAUUGUUAAAAAUCAAGAAAAUAAAUUCCGAGAAUAUAUAGCUACUAUAGUUAAUGAAUGUACAGUGAAAAUCAAUGCACUUGAAGGAGACAGAGAAGAUCUGAUCAAGCAACUUGAUAAUAUGAGAAACGAAUUCAAAAAUUACAAAACUCGAGCAAAUCAAAGGGAAAAAAUCAUUGAAAACAUGUUCAGAGAAGAAAAUAAGAAAAAUUCUGAAAAUUGGAAGUCAUGGGCUCAAGAGUUUGUUAACAAUUGUUUGAAAAUAGAAACAGCAAACAAAAGAAGUUGUGAUGGUAUCUUAUUCAAAAUGAAGGCUAUUGAUUCUGAGGUGGCAGCUAUUGAGAAAUCCUACAAUGACAAAAUAAAGAAAUAUGUUAGGAAUUGUAAAAUUUGACUAGAAUUGUAUGUGUUGAAUAAUUUUUUGUAACUGUCUUUUUCGCUCACAAGUUACUUUUAGGAGUAUAUUUUUAUAAUUUU